UUCCAGGAAAUUGCCAAUGGGUAAACUCUCACACUUAUCACUCCCCCAUUUAUAUGUAACUAAGUUGUUCACUUCCUCCAUCAAAUCACACUAUGAAACUCACCAAACUAAAUCCAAAACGUUUCUUCAUCAGAUCCAAAGAUCCUUCCACUGUUUCUAAAUCCCCCGCGGCUUCUUCCUUUGGAUCCGCCACCUCAUCUUCCGGCCAAGACUGUAAAACCUCCGGCGGUGGCGGUUCCGUUACGCCGACUAGCAUUCUCCCAGAGGUUCCCUCUCCUUAUUCCUACAUCGAGAUUCUCCAAGCGUUUAAGUUGAUAGACAGAGACAACGACGGAGCUGUCUCGAGACACGAUCUUGAGUCGUUACUUAGCCGGCUCGGUCCUGAGCCAUUGACGGAGGAGGAGAUCAACGUUAUGAUUAAAGAGGUGGAUGGCGACGGAGACGGUACGAUCCGUUUAGAAGAGCUUGCGAGUCGUGUAGUCUCUUUAGAUCCCGCUCGUGAUUCGACUGAGCUAAAGGAGACUUUUGAGUUCUUUGACGCGGAUCGUGACGGUUUGAUCUCAGCUGAUGAGCUUCUUAGAGUUUUCUCGACCAUUGGAGAUGAACGGUGCACGUUAGAUGAUUGCAAGCGUAUGAUAGCAGAUGUUGAUGAGGACGGUGAUGGAUUUGUAUGCUUCACUGAGUUCUCACGAAUGAUGGAUCUUCAGCGUUGAUCUUCCCUUUUCUUUUUUUUUUUUUUUUUGGCUAUGAAGCUCUUUUUGCCCUUGUUCUAUCUAGGGUUAUGAGUAUCUUUUGUUUUCUUGAGAAUUAGUUUUUUUAAUUAUUUAAGCUGAAUGUCUAUAAUCUGGAAUUUUAACGAAGAAAUCAUGAAAGAUGAGAACUUUGAAGA